GAGCGAUGGCGGCGGCCUGAACUCACCUAGCACGGCUGCGGCGAUCGGGCCUGGUCAGGGUCGGGGUUCUGUGAGUGAACAGCAAGUAUGGGCCGCAGGGUUCGGAGAUUCGCAUGAGAGGCUGAGGGAUUGUGGAAUGACGGCACCGGAUUUGGUGACUCUACUGGUUGUGAGGGCACUGGAUUUGCAGGUCUGGACUGCGCCGUGAUCUCUGGGUUCACUAUUCCAGCCUGGUGUAUCUUCUGGCUCCAUGGCCAGCUACUGGUUCCUGCAGACCGGAUGAAGCAGACUAGAGACACAAGUGGAGAAAGCUGCCAGCUGGCAAAUUCUCAGAGUGUGGCCCUCUGGCCACUGGCCCUGCCCAGCCUGCCUCAUGGAGAGGAUGAACUGGCUGAGCAGAUUGGCCUCCCGGGGCCCUGGGCACCGUGUACCUCAGGGGUCCAGUCUGCAGACCCCUGUCAUGGCUGACCCUGAGACCUGCCUCAUGGUCUUCAAGAAUCACUGGUCCCAGGUAGUGCGAAUCCUGGAGCGGCAAGGCCCUCGGGCAGCUCCUGGAGGUGCAGAUGAUCUCAGUGCUGUGCGCAACCACACUUACCAAAUGUUGACACUGCUGGUAGAAGAUCGUGCUGUCCCCUCAGCCCCCAUGGCCCCUGGGCCCUUGCUGGAAUUUGCUUUGCGUGAGGACCUGCUAACCCGUGUGUUGGUUUGGCAGCUUCAAUGGGAUGAGCUUGGGGACGGGGUUGAGGAACGGCGGGCUGAGCAACUGAAGCUGUUUGAGAUGCUAGUGAGUGAAGCUCGCCAGCCACUACUGCGACAUGGUCCAGUUCGUGAGGCUCUGCUGACCUUGCUGGAUGCCUGUGGCCACCCUGUGCCCAGUAGCCCAGCACUGGAUGAAGGCCUGGUGCUACUUCUUAGCCAGCUGUGUGUAUGUCUGGCCCGGGAACCUUCAUUGCUCGAGUUCUUCCUGCAGCCACCUCCUGAGCCUGGAGCUGCCCCCCGCCUUCUCCUCUUUUCUCGCCUCGUUCCCUUCGUCCAUCGAGAGGGCACGCUGGGCCAGCAAGCCCGUGACGCCCUACUCCUGCUCAUGGCUCUGUCGGCCGGGAGUCCCACUGUGGGCCGCUACAUUGCAGAUCACUCUUACUUCUGCCCGGUGCUGGCCACAGGGCUGAGUGCCCUGUACUCCUCACUGCCUCGCAAGAUUGAGGUUCCAGGGGAUGAUUGGCACUGCCUGCGACGGGAGGACUGGCUCGGGGUGCCAGCCCUUGCGCUCUUCAUGAGUUCCCUAGAAUUCUGCAAUGCAGUCAUUCAGGUGGCUCACCCUUUGGUGCAGAAGCAGCUAGUUGAUUAUAUCCAUAAUGGGUUCUUGGUGCCUGUCAUGGGCCCUGCCCUGCAUAAGACCUCUGUGGAGGAGAUGAUCGCCAGUACCGCCUACCUGGAGCUUUUCCUACGGAGUAUCUCAGAGCCUGCUUUGCUCCGUACCUUCCUGCGAUUCCUGCUGUUACACCGGCAUGACACCCACACCAUUCUUGACACCCUCGUUGCCCGUAUUGGCAGCAACUCCCGGCUCUGCAUGGUCUCUCUGAGUCUCUUCAGGACCCUACUGAACCUCAGCUGUGAGGAUGUCCUGCUGCAGCUGGUUCUCAGGUAUCUUGUCCCAUGUAACCAUGUGAUGCUGAGCCAGAAACCAGCUGUACGUGAUGUGGACCUAUAUGGACGAGCUGCGGACAAGUUUCUCUCCCUUAUCCCACGCUGUUGCCGGCAUCGUGCCCAUAGCCCACCCCAUCCAGAGCAUGCCUCAUGGGCACGAGGUGGGCCUAGCAGAGAGGCAGGGAGAAGGGAGGACACCACGGGCCCUGGAAGCCCAAGUGUUGACUCCUCUUCUGUGGUGACAGUACCCCGGCCCUCCACACCAUCUCGUCUGGCCCUCUUCCUGCGACAGCAGAGUCUGGGUGGCUCGGAAUCCCCAGCUCCAACCCCUCGCUCACCAGGGCUUGCUGCAUCCCCAGCCUCCAGCCCUGGCCGACGGCCCAGCCCUGUGGAGGAGCCUGGUGAGCUGGAAGACAAUUACCUGGAGUAUCUGCGUGAGGCGCGCCGUGGUGUGGACCGGUGUGUCCGAGCCUGCCGUACCUGGUCUGCCCCCUAUGAUGGCGAGCGGCCCCCUCCUGAGCCCAGUCCUGUUGGCUCCCGGACUAAGAAACGCAGCCUACUGCCUGAGGAGGACAGGGACAAUGUGGGGGAAGGGGAGGAGGAAGAGCUGGGGUGUGGAGGGCUUGCUGGGGGUGCAGGGGAGGGCCUCCACCUGCCCCCUCCCCAGCUCAAUGGGGUGCCAGGACCAUGGCCUGAGGGGGCCAAGAAGGUUCGUCGGGUGCCUCAGGAGGGGGCUGGGGAACUGCCAGAGAGCACCUCUGAGGGCAUGGCAGGACUAGAGGGCUUUGGGCAGGAGCUCCGGGAACUGGAGGUGGCAUUGAGCAAUGGUGGGGCUGGCUCAGAACCCCCACUAGAGCCUUCACUACCUCUUGAGGAGGAGGAGGCCUAUGAGAGCUUCACCUGUCCCCCUGAGCCCCCCGGCCCCUUCCUCAGCAGCCCUUUGCGGACGCUCAACCAGCUGCCAAGCCAGCCCUUCACUGGCCCCUUCAUGGCUGUGCUCUUUGCCAAACUCGAGAACAUGCUGCAGAACUCCGUCUAUGUCAACUUCCUGCUGACGGGGCUGGUGGCCCAGCUGGCCUGUCACCCCCAGCCCCUGCUCCGCUCUUUUCUGCUCAACACCAACAUGGUCUUCCAGCCCAGUGUCAAGUCCCUGCUGCAGGUGCUGGGUUCUGUGAAGAAUAAAAUUGAGAGCUUUGCAGCCUCCCAGGAGGACUUCCCAGCACUGCUAUCCAAAGCCAAGAAGUACCUCAUUGCCCGUGGCAAGUUGGACUGGGCCGAGGGCCCUGCAGCAGGACCUGCCCCCCGCCGCUCCGAUCCCCUAGUGAAGAGCCGGAGGCCAUCCUUGGGGGAGUUGCUCCUGCGGCAUGCACACAGUCCAACCAGGGCCCGGCAGGCGGCACAGUUGGUUCUUCAGCCUGGGAGAGACGGCGCAGGACUUGGCCUAGGUGGGGGCUCCCCUGGGGCUUCAACUCCGGUUCUGCCCCCUCGGGGUGGGGCCCCUGAGCGCCAAGGUGAGGCUCUGCGAGUCAAGAAUGCUGUCUACUGUGCAGUCAUUUUCCCUGAGUUUCUCAAGGAGUUGGCUGCUAUCUCCCAGGCCCAUGCUGUCACCUCACCUUUCUUGUUGGAUACUUCAGAGGAGGGAUCUGGUCCUCCUGUCUCAGGCUUCGGGCCCCUCAAUCCUUAACUUUCUUCCAUGGACAAUCAGGGCCUCUAGUGGCCUGGGCUGGGGCUGGGGUAUAAGCUCCUUUUUAUGUUUGGAGGCAGUGGCAAGAGGACUUUUUAAUUUAUUUCUGAUGAAUGUUUUAUGGAGAACUUGUUGCAAUAUGUAUAAAAGGGAAAUCUCUA